AUGGAUUUUUCAUUUAACAAUAUUUUUAUGUAUUCUUUAGUAGUAUUCUUAAUUGUUUUUUUUAUAGUAUUAUUAGUAAAAUACAUUAGAAUAAAAAAACAAUUACAACAACAAAAUAAUAAUAAUAAUUACAAUAUAACCUCCAUACAACAUUAUACCCCAAUAACUAAUAAUUUAUUUGCUCAAAUGCAAUUUUCCCAACACCCACAACAACACCCACAAUAUGUAAAACCAAAUAAUCAAUCCCCAUCACAUUUAUUUGGUUUAUCAACUUCCCCAUCACACCUUGGAUCACAAUUUCCACCACCAACUUCAUCUGUUCCAUCCACAAGUUCAUCAACAACCUCAGAAGAAUGGAUAUUUGGACAAAGAUAUUUGGAAAUUAUAAGAGAAAGGGAAAAGGAAGAAAAAGAAGAAAAAGAAUGGGAAGAGUACCAAAAUUUAAUAAAAGACAAAAUGAAAAGAGAAGGUUUUUGCAAAAAGUGUAUCUCAGAAGAAAUAAAACCACAACAUUUGGCUUUUAUUGGGUGCGGCCAUCAAUUUUGUUAUAAGUGUAUUUUAAGAAGAUCAUUAAGUGACAAAACCUGCCCACGUUGUGAAGAACCAUUUGAUGAAAUCAUUAUAAUGUGA